AUGGAAAUGGGCACGUUCGAACGUGGCCAGCGAUACACUGGGUUGACAAAACAGUGUCAGAAGUACUAUGAACAGCAUACAAUGCACGCUUUAGCCUGCGAGGCAAGAUCAAAAGAACUAUUCAAAGCAGUAACUACCAUCGCAGCUGCUCAAGGUAAAGCCUUGGAUCAGCUUUUCAACUUGUCUGCCGAUUUCAGCAACAUCAUCUUUGAUGGAGGUUUCGAGUAUCAUGGCCCAGAGAGCAUCGGCAAGUCUCUUUCUUUCACACAAGGGUUCUUUCUAGCCUCUACCAUCAAACUUGGUCAUGGCGCAUCAGCACUCCUGUACUAUGUUGGUUGUACACUUGGAAUCGCAGCUGAUAGCCAUCCCAUCAAUGUUCGAAUGCCCGUGGCUUCACUCUUUCGUCUUGCCGGAGAUAAGGGUAUCCCGUGGGGUCGUAUGAGUCAGUUCCUUGGACAGAGCGGAAACUGCAAUGUUCCCAUCAUGAAGCUUGAGUUGAAUUCUGGUGAAAUUCCUUACCAAUAUUCUGCAAAGACAAUUCACCAGCUCGCGUCGAUGCGAUUGGACGCUUGUGCACAUUCGAUCAUGAUGAAAGCGAUCUUUGACGCCAUCUCUGCACUUACAAGCAAAGCUAUCACAUACGUCGAGAAUUCUCUGUCUUUUGACAUAUUUAAAGAGUUCAUGACGACCAGCGAGUCUUUGAUCAAUUUAUUCGACAAAAUCGCUGAUCAAGCUUUGGAGUGGACGGGCGAUUAUGACAGGAUCUACCAAAAGAAGUAUAUGGGCGAUGACCCUGAUCUGACAAACCAUGCUUUUGAACUACGGAAAGCGGCGCCUUCAGAUAUCAUCAGACUCGACGUAUCCCACGAUUUCGCAGUGGACUCUCUCCGUGCUGAGACGGCGGCUUAUGAUGGCAUCCGGUUCGGAGGUUUCGGUCGCAAUCAAGACUCAAUUUCCAUGGCUACUGGCGAAGACAUCACAGGAGCAUCAUGGAACACGGGGGUUUUAGCCGAGGAUAGUUCCAAGAGAGUCAUCUUCAACUUGAUCAUCAACACCACGGAAAGGAAGUUGGGGCCUUUCGGUACCGGUGGCUAUAAAGUCAAGGCAAGGACCGAGGAACAAACAUUUCAAGUCCCCGAAGGAAUGAAGGUAUAUGGUCUUGUUGACUCGGCUGGGAAAUAUAUCGAGCACCGAGGUGAUGUUAUCAUGGAGAGUGGGCGAUUUAUCGCGGAGUUGAGGUUUGUUGUUGGUCCAGCAGAAUAG